CAGCAAUAUGGGAUCUAUGAAGAGCUUCAUUCAGAUGUUGUCAUUGUUGUGGUGGACGUGGAUCUCGCCGCAGAAUGGACGCGGCACGCCAGCGAUAAUCCAGGAGGUGGACAGUUCACACCCCCAAAAAAUACCUGAACUAGGUGGAUGAAACAUGCCAGCACUUCUCCAUGAGGUGUUGAGUUCAUGCCUAUCUUGAAGCUGCUUGGCCAUAUUAGCAUUGAACACGUUUCUAGAGGUUCAACAAAGUCAACUGUUCCUUUCAUGAACUGCGAAUCUUGCUUGCUCACCUUAGAGCAGAAACCAACUCGAAGCACCCGUGCAGGCCAUUAUGCCUGACAUAAUUGAAACAUGACAGAUUGGCAAUGCCAAACAGCAAAUUGUCUUCCUAUUCUGUCAAGCAGUCGUGUGGACCACAGUUUGCCUACGCGUGGAAUAUGACAAAGUUGCAUUUCGCACAUGUGUGCUGUUUGAAACUAAGAUAAACAAGGGCAUCAGCUUGUGUGCCUCUGUGGUGGCCAUGUGAGUAGCUGGGAGUGCAGAGAUAUAGAUACUUCCUGUCUACUUACCACCCUGUUGUGCCAUUAUCUCCAUGUUUCUCAUGUUACAAGCAGGGUAAGGGGGGGGGGGGGGGGGCGGACAAAGGAGAGAGAGAAGAGAGGGGAACCUCUACUUCUGCCGCUGAAGGAUGUUACCACAGAUUUCCUUCACAAAGCAGCAGAGACAUGCCAGCAAAGCAACAGUGCCGCGCGACUAUAGAGGUGAAGGUGCAACUGUCAGAAGUUGAAAACCACAUUAACAUGCUGUUGGAAGAAAUGGCUUGCCAUCAGAGAACUGCAAGUUUGCCCUCUAAGCCCCACUCCACUGAGGCUAAAGUGGAAGAAGAGCUACAGGGCCUACGUGUGUCCAUCUCUUCACCUUCCGCGACCAUCGGCACGAUGCGUGAUGGUUUGGCGAGGCUCGGAGACAUCUACAACUGCAUAGGGGAGAUCAUGAGCUUACCCAGCAGCCAAGUUGGCCUCUCCCUGCCCCAAAACAAGAAAAUGGUGGAAGAAGAAUUGGGGCGGUCCCUCGUGCUCAUUGAUCUCUGCAACUCCAUGCAAGAGAGUCUAGCAGGGCUGAAGAUGAGUACCCAGGAGCUACAACUUGUCCUCAAGAGAGGAGAUGCAGCUGUUGUCCAGCUCAAGAUCGAGUCCUUCAUUCGUCUCGCGAAGCAGGCGCAAAAGCCGUUCAAGAAGACCAUCAGCAGAACAACUUCUGAAGGAUGCAGGCUGGUCUUGCUGCUGACAGAAGCCAGAGAGGUAGCUAUCUGUCUGCUUGAGUCCACGUCGCAAAUGUUGCCGAAGCAGUUUGCCAGCAGCAAAGGAAGCAAAUGGUCACUUGUCUCCAAGAGGAUCCAGAAAACAAAGGUUGUCUGCAAGGAGGAACAGUUGCAAGCACUAGAGCAAAGCAUGGGAGGUCUUGAGAACAGUGCCGAGUUGCUGUUCAGGAGAUUGAUCCAAAGCAGGGUUUCGCUCCUGAACAUUCUUAGCUCGUAGAUAUUACCUCUCAAGCCUUGUUGCUCUAGCACCUUGCGAUUGGCAUCCGCCUUUUAAAGGAUUCACCGAUCAUAAAGAACAUUUAUAGAUUACAGACAAGACCAGAUGUACAUUCAAAUGAUCAGUCGAUCAAAACAAUUUUGACUUUGUUCAUACCAUGACUUCUGAUUUCACUGAUAUUUACUGCACGAUGAUUUUGAUUGUUUUUA